AUUAAUAGUAACAGCUGGAAUUUUACUUGGCUCGUCUUCAUGAACGAGAAAUGGAUUCCUUUUGAUCCAAUUAACCAAACGAAACUUGAGCAAACACUAACAGUUGGCGGUACUUUUGUAGAUAUAGUGGAUGGCCAUUUUCCAGAUGUUAGAAAAGUACGAGUAUUUCCUAAAAAUAAUUAUCUCAGUUAUUUGGGUGUCAAGUAUAGAUUAUCGCGAAUCAUGCAACCUGAUGCUUAUUCAAACCAUGUGGGGCUUAUUCAUAAUAAUAAU